CCGUGUCGGGGCCGCGGGACCAAACGAGUGGGAUGAUCCAAGGACCUCCAUCCUGGGCUGCCGGGCCCCGAGGCAGCGGAAUGGGGUCCAGCAGUCUCCUGAGACUCCUCCGCACCCUCUGCAUCGUCUCGGUGCUGGCCGGGUGCCUGCACCCUGCCACGGCACAGUGGUUUUCCCUGGGCUCAGAGGACACCACCCCCGAUCCAGGCACCAGCCCCACGCCCCCCACCCUGGAUGGGGAGGAAGACAUAGACACCAGCGUGGAGCGCGUGGGGAAGGUGCUGCUGAGCAAACCUCCUCUGGCAACAGCCCCUAGACGCCGGGAUCAAGCCUCCAGGGGGACAGCGAAGGGGUCAGGCCAUGCCCCGCCGCGCACACGAGGCCAGCACCGACCCACGGCCGCCCCGGAGAUCCUUGAGGGGAGCGCAGUGGAAGAGGAGUUCCUGCAGAUCCAGACGACGGCGAAGGGGCUGCCCCGGCGGGUCCCGUCGGCCCCCGAGACAGACCCAGCCCUCCAGGUGCACAACACCUCCGGCUGUGUCUGCCCCGUGCGCCCCGGUCCUCCCGGCCCUCCCGGCCCAAAGGGAGAGAAAGGUGACCGAGGAUUCCCUGGAGAGAGAGGCAAGCCCGGAUUCUUAGGGGAGAGAGGGAAGUCCGGCAGCCCAGGACAGCCAGGUCACCAAGGUCCCCGGGGUCCUCCUGGUCCUCCGGGACCUCCGGGACCACCGGGGCCCCCAGGCGCCUGGGGAGGCCGGGGGCCACCCGCGCCUGCUGCACUCCUGGAGAGAUCAGAGAACGAGCUGGGAGUCUCCAGCCCUGCAGGAAACCCAGGACCCCCAGGUCCCCCUGGGCUGCCCGGCAUGCCCGGACCCCCCGGCUACCCAGGUCAUGAUGGCCCCCAGGGGGCCCCUGGGCGGGAGGGAAAGCCAGGACCCCCAGGCCCUCCAGGAGCCGUGGGGCCACCUGGUUUCCCUGGGGCUGAAGGACUUCCAGGGUCUCCAGGCUCAGCUGGACCAGAAGGACCCCCAGGGGCACCCGGACUCCCAGGGUCUCAGGGUCCCCCUGGGGUUCCUGGGCACGAAGGACCCCCUGGUCCCCCAGGAUCUGCAUCACUCCCUGGAAAACCAGGGCUCCGAGGGGAGCCAGGAUUCCCAGGACCAAAGGGUGAUAAGGGCGAGUAUGGGCUGCCAGGCAUGCCAGGGAGCCCUGGCCGGACCGGAGAGCCGGGAUCCCCAGGCAUACCCGGUCCCAUGGGGCCACCAGGACCACCAGGGGACUACAGGUGUGACUCACGCCACACUGGACACCGUGGAUUGGCCGGGCUGCCGGGCCCCAAGGGAGAAAAGGGUGACCCUGGAGAGCCGGGGUGCUGCUAUGGGGAUCACAGGUGCAAACCAGGCCACCUCCCCUUCCCCAGCACUGGCAGCCAGCCCGGCUCCUGGGGGUCCAUCAACAGGUACCAGACGGAUGGCAAAGAGGAACCAGAGAUCUAUGGAGCGAUCAUCCCCCAUGGUCUUCGAGGUCCCCCCGGGAACCCUGGCCCUCCUGGGCCCCCCGGCCCCCCUGGCCCACCAGGUCUCCUCUACUUCAACAGGGUGCACCCUGUGCAUGCCCAGCCACCCUGCAAGCAGCCGGCAUCUACAGACCGUAGCUGGCCAUCAGAUGCUGGUGUCCCUCAGACAGAGCCAUCGGACUCCCAUGCUGAUCUCCGGCGCCAGACGUGGGUUUUCAAGUCCAAGGAGCUGAUGGUGAAGGCGAGCAGUGCUGUGCCCGAGGGGAGCCUGGUCUAUGUGCGGGAAGGGAGCAACGCCUUCCUCCGGACCCCCACUGGCUGGAGCCGCCUCCUGCUGGAGGAUCCAAAGUCCUUCUUGGCUGGUGAUGACCCUUCUGCCUCCACCCCACAGUACCAGGAGGCAAAGAGGGUGCAGCCAAGAGGCCCCAACACGCUGUCACCCAUGCAGUCCCCAACAGACUCACUGAUCCAGAAGGAGGAGGAACAAGGGCUGCCCCAGAUUCUGCCAACCACCAUCGCCCCACGGAUCCCAUCUCUCCGCCUGGCUGCCCUCAACGUGCCCCUGUCCGGUGACAUGAGCGGGAUCCGGGGCGCUGACCUGCAGUGCUACCGGCAGUCACAGGAGGCCGGGCUCUACGGCACCUUCCGGGCCUUCCUGUCAGCCCCCAGCCAGCAGCUGGUGUCCAUCGUCAAGAGGACAGACAGGACCCUCCCCAUCGUUAACCUGAAGGCAGGUACCCCGUCCCUGUCCCCAGGGUGGCAAAGCCUCAGUGGGUGGGGGACCCCCACCCAGACCUGCUCUGGGGCUGCUGCACCUGGGCCAUGCUCAGGGCUUUUGGGGAGCUGA